CUUAGAAGAGACUGUUCCUAAGUGUUAAUUUACCAUAAAUAUGGCAGACAAUGAAGUCCCAGAACAUGAUCCGAACGAGAUGGCACAGGAAGAAGAAACAAUACCGGCGACGCAUACCGGGUUUCCCCCGUAUCCGCCUUAUGCUACGGAACCAGCUCCACCAUCCGUCGCAGAUACAAUAAUUGCUGGACGCGAUCUUCGAGUUCAGUAUAAGUCGACUCCGAAGCAGUCCGUUCGACCUCCACCUACACCAGCAAAACCUAAGGGUCCAAAAGCAACGGAUGUGAAAAUGACGAAGCGAAUUGCGCGAGCGCAUGCCCGUUGCUUACGGCGACAUGGAGCUAUAUUAACAGACCGCUUAGAGCACAUGUCGAAACCUCCGCGCCGCAGCAUUAUUUAUCUUUGGCGAGAACGCGCUCAUAGUCUUCCAGCCGAAACUAUUGCACGACUCAGAGCAAUGCUAGACGCAGACGAACCGUUUAAGCCUGAUCAGGCGUAUGAAUAUUUCGUUAACGUUAAAAAGACGAAGAAAAAAGUAAAUCGGAUUAGCGGUGUGAAUCUUAUAAAGAAGAACGUUUUUACUAUGUGCGGCGAUAAAAGGUUUGAAUGGGCGCGUAACGCUACUGUAGCAUUUGCUCGAGGUAUCCAACAAAGGCUCUCCAGACCUGGCACUUACGUUCUAGCUGAUGGAAUGUUGCGGUUAUCAAAUAUUAUCUUAGAUGACAUUUGUGGGUAUAUGAAUAUAAAGACUCCAUCCAGACGCUGCAGUCAUCCUAAAGCAAAAUUUAUGAUGGAAAUGGCAGAUAAGGUAGCAGUGUGGAUAGAUGAGAUUCUUGCGGAAAGUGAAGAUCGCAUGCUGAUGAUGGAUGUUGAUGAAGAUUUCGAUGUAAUGAAAGCCGAUGAAACAAAAGUUACAGGUUUCACAGACGACUUUCUGAACAUGAUGGGCGAUGAUGCAAACGAAAUAAAAGAAGAAAAAAAUAUUAACACUUUAGAAACAGUCCUUCAUGACGAUUAUGAAGCAAGGCCAGAAUCUACUGCGCCGACAGAAAAAUAUAAUUUUGUAGGUGAAAUGCUUGAAGCCUUUACAAUCUUAACGAACUCGAUGUAUACGAAAGGAGAUGAACAGUUAAUUUCAUACGGGAAGUUUCAGCAAUCAUUUACAGAAGCUGCCGACGAGUUAAAAGAAGCGCCCGAUUUCGAGGCAACAGAGUUUAAUACAUCAUUGGCAAAUGAGUUAAAAAAUAAUCUCGCUGCAGUUGCCAAGCCCAAUACACCUCACAAUAUAGUUCCUUUCAUGAAAGACAUGGUCGAUAUAUGCUCAAGCUAUCUCGCUCAAUAUGCUGAAUUUAGUAAAGAUAAGGGGCCAGCCUUUAGGAUUUUAUUGAAAGAAAUGGGUGUAAAAGACAAGGAAAAAUUAUACCAAAAAGGAAAAGCCCAACGUACUUAUGCAAAAGCUGCAAACGAAUUAAAAAACGCUAAAGGCUUAGAAAGCGAUCACGACGACCCUAACUUAUCUCAGGAAAUUCAUUCAAAAUUAUCACAAACAGUUGAAACUCAGACUCCGAAUGAGUUGAAAACGGAUAUGACAGAGACAUUAGACCUAUGCUCCAAGUAUUUAUCGCAAUGUGCAGUUAACGAAAUUGAACGCGGCCCCGCUUUUGAUUUACUAAUAAAGGAAUUAGAGAAAAAAGGAGCUGAAUCAUUUACGGAACAGUUCAUUCCUUUAUCUUCAAAAUUUGCUGCAGCAUAUGUAUUGAAAUCAGCCCCUGGGUUGAGUGGAGUAACGCCAGAUACAACAACAAAACCAAUUUUCGCCGAUGCUUUACAUAAGGCGGUCAACACGGUCACGCCAAAAUCGUUAGCAAAGGAUAUGCACGAUGUCAUUGAACGGUGUUCCAAUUAUUUGUCGGCGUUUAUAAGAGACAGAGAUAAGGCGAUGGAAGCUCUGAUGAAAAUGAUGAAAAGUCAUCCUAAAAAAGUAUUGUCGAAAAGAAACGAUUACAGUAUGACUUAUGAAACCGCAGCUACUGAGGUAGAGGCUGCUCCAACAAUAUUGCCUUAUGUGCCCAUCAAAGAUAUCACUGAGGAAGCACAAAGUAACUUAACUAGGGAUAUGGAAGGCAAUGUUCCAACUGCAUUGCAGAUACCGAUGAAAACACUGAUUCGAGAUGUAUCGAAAUUUCUAUCUCAACCGAUUGCUAUGAGAAGUGGAGUAGCUGGUGAAAGAUAUCCAUUAAAAUUUUUAACAGCUGUUAAAAAGUCAUUAGGGACGAGAUCACUUUUUAAAUACAAAUGUUUUGGUCAAACUUAUGCUGACGCAGCUGAAGAGUUAAAGUACGCAGGACCGCUGGAAUAUGAUCCAAAAUGUGAAAAUUUAAAAGAAGAAAUUUCAUCAGAGAUGGAUAGAGGAAUUCCAACUAGAUUAGCUCCCACGAUAACUAGUAAUUUAAAUGAUACCAUGGAUGAAGCUUCAAAACAUUUGGCAAAAAUUGGAACAGAUAAAGGCGAAGCUUUACAACAUUUGGUGAAUUUAAUGAAAGAGCAAGGUGAUGCUCCUUUGGCCCAAAUUCAGGGAUAUCAACAGAGUUACAACGACGGCGCGCGAAGGAUAGAAAAUGCAUCUUCUUUGACAAAUGAAAAAGUUGAUAAAGGUAUCUACGAAUCUGUAAGAGGAAAGUUAACCAAUCUAACGGAAAAUAAACCAACCCCUGAACAUAUGAAAGAGAUGCCAGGGAUUAUCGAUGAAAGCGCAAAGUUUUUGGCUGCUCCAUUUCCAGAGAGUGAAGCUGAAAAAAGGCGUGUUUUAGCUGAUCUUAUGGCAAGAAAAGGAGAUGAAAUAAUAGGACAGGAGGGUGUUUAUAAAGUAACAUAUAAAGAAGGAGGAGAAGAGAUAAUGAAUGCUCCUGUGGGAAUUGAUAAAUCGCAAGACGAAAAUUCUAAAAAACAGUUACUUGAAAAAAUGAACUCAGUGAUACCAGAUAAUAAGUUGAAAAAUUUACUUAAAGAACCAGUAAAUGAAGGCGCAACCCAUUUAAGUAACAUAAUUAAAGGAAGAGGAGAGGCAAUGCAAGUUAUACAUGAUGAACUGAAGAAAGGAAACGAUAAAAGUUUUUUAAAAGUUGGAAAAUUUUCAAAGACCUACCGAGAAUCUGCAGACAUGCUAUCAAGUGCACCUCAUUUUGGUGAUCAAAAUCCAUCACCAGUUUUAGUUGAAAAAGUGGACAAAAAGAUUAAACAACUUUCUACUGAUAAAGUACCAGAAACGGCCAAACCUUACAUUGCAGGUGGACUAAACGCAAAAGCACUUGCAGCAUUGGGCGAAACAGACGAGAUUGAUAGCAAAGCUAAUGUUACUGAUGACGUACCAGUAUCAACUAGUUCUCCUACUGCUUAUACGAGUCCAGAACCUUUGAAUAUAGAUAAAAUGAAUAUAGAUGAAAUGAAUAUAGAUAAAAUGAAUAUAGAUGAAAUGAAUAUAGAUAAAAUGAAUAUAAAUGAAAUGAAUAUAGAUGAAAAAAUAAGGAGUGCACGGAGACAACAAGAAGCAUUAGAAGAGGCAAGGCUUCGACGUGGUGUGUCAGACGUCGACCCAGAACGCGAACAGGCGUUGCACAUACUUCACAGCAAGUUGCGUUCGCGUGGUGGAGAAAUACUCUAUAAGCAACCUCCAACUGAACUGACUCAUGGACAGGCCUCACAAUGGCUAUCAAUGAAAUCACCUUUGAAAGUGGACAAGUGCGUAAAAGAAUCUGCAGACACGGCACGUCUUCAUAAAAAGUUUGAACGCAAACUUAGCAAUCUAGUUGGAAACGUUACGCCUGUAGAUAUGUUUGAUGCAAUGCAAGAUGUCAUAAUUGAAUCUUCAAGAAUCCUAUCGGAGUACUUCGUAUCUCAGAAUUACAAAGCCCUUGUGAAAAUAGCGCUUAUUUCGGAAAUGCAAAAAAGAGGCAACGAAAUACUCAUAGAGGUCGAUGGAGUCGCUGAAACUUCUUUUUUUGCAGCUCAAAGGUUAAAGAAGGCGACUUCCUUGGAAGUGAAAGAGUCAUGCUCACAGGUUUCCUAUCAUUUGGCAAAGAAGUUGGAAGACAUAACAAGAUGCCGGUCAAUGGCGCGGAAAUUAACGUCAGCUUGGAAAGAUCACAUUACGGUUGCGGCGGACUUCUUGUCAGCAAACGUAAGGAAACCUGAUGAAUAUAUCGAGGCAUAUGUCGCUUUAUUAAAUGAAAUGGAAUCAACUGGAGACAAUCUUCUUGUCGAAGGAUGUAUACCUAAAUCCUAUAAGGAUGCCGCGGCAUAUCUACGACAACUAACAUCCUUCCAAGAUUGUAUAUCGUUACCGAAUCAUUCAUUACAAUCAACUAUAGAAGGAAAGCUAAAGUCUCUCGUGACUAAUGUUUCCUCAGACAGUUACAGCAAAUCUACAAUGGACGGUGUUAUAUCGGAUUCGACGAAACUGCUCGUAUCUUACAUUAUGCUUCAAGGUAUCAAAACUGAAGCUUUAAAAAUUUUAAUAGAGCAAAUGGACCGUGAGGGAGAUAAUGUUUUAUUACGCCAUGGAUCUAUUCGUAAAACUUAUUCUAAUGGUGCUGAUUUAUUACGCCCCAAAAACGCUGAUCAGAUAAGCGUCCAAAAUGCAGAUCCCGUAGUGUCAAGGAAAAUACAACUUAAACUUCGAAAUUUAAUGAGCUCGUGCACGCCUGAUAAAUAUUUACCAUUGAUGGAUGAUGUAAUUGAAGACGCUACCUCGUAUUUGGCAGUACAUUUAUUGCAAUCACAGGUAAUACAAAUAUGCAAAUGUAUGAAAAAUGUAUUUGUGCAAUGCGAACUAUGGUGUGAUGAAAUAUUACGUCGUGUUUCACGACCAUGUUGCACUUGUGCGCGUCAUACUUCUGCGCAAGCCCUCAUCGAUCUCAUGGAACCAGAAGAGAGAGUCUUUGUAAAACCUGGGACAUCUAAACCAUAUCGUGGGCACGAAAUAUCUUUGAUACAAUGUCCUUCAAAACUAAAUAAACUUAGGUCAAACAAAAGUGAAAGGCCAAACAUUCAACCAUGUCCAGCCAAAAAACGGACUGUUGAAUGUGAUAAAACUACGGUUUCUUAUCUAUUACAUGCCAAUGAAUGUCAUCGACGAGAUAAUAAUUUAAAUAGAGGAAGGGUACCAGGGCUUUUUUCUAACCCAGUUGAUUUGGUUCCAUCAUGUUCUUUAAUAAACCCAGUUGUUUUUAAAAGUUCAAGUAAAGAAGAUAUACAACCGUUAAGUAAUUACGAAGUUUCACCUGAUUUAGAAAGAAAAGGACGAGAAACUGAAGCGUCGUCUCCAGUAUCUUUUUAUACUCCUCAAAGCCAAAGUUUUGAUUCCCAAGACAGGAGUACAGAACGGCCUUUUUGGCAUUCGCCGACUACUAUGAUGGCACAACUUUAUGCUCCAGUCAAAACACAAGUAGAGCCGACCUCACCUGUAAUUAAACAAGCAACCUCUAUUCAUAUAUCUAGACGAAUGGCCUCAGUUAAACGCGGAUAUAAUGCUCGUAAUUAUAAAAUAUUAGGUGCCCCAAUAGUAACGACAGAUCAAAUGGCAGAUUGGCAUUCCAUGAUGGUAAGUUUAAUGUGGAAUGUUCAAGCGUGGCGAAACUGGAUUCAAGAGAAUAUAGAUCGAGCGCUGGCAUCAAGUCAUACUGGCGUAAUGUCAGAAGAAUCUUGGACGACAUUUCAAAGACAAAUCACUAUUGAAGCCUUACAAUGGAGACAUUAUAACAAUUUUAGUCGACAAUUAACACUCCGGCUUGCUCAAAGAUAUAGAGAUAAAAAUAUCAUAUCUCCGACUAGAGGUACAGUUAAAACUGCAGCUUAUAUGGAAUGUCAGGAUGAAAUGUUAGAUAUUAUUGAUAUGUUCCGUCGAUGGACGCACUGGUUGACUGUUGUAAUAAGAGAAACGGAUUCGUUUCAACCAGCUAGCUGUAAUGAAUCUGAACAUAAUAUGAGGUGGAGACUUUUUAAGAAGAAAGUUAAAGAAUAUUCCGAAGACUGGAAAGUAUAUAAUUUGCAUUUAAAAUUAUGCUGGGAACAAAAGUACAAGAGAUUAAUUGCAGACUGGCUCCCGGGCUGGAGUAACACAGAACCGGUGUGGGUGGUAAGUGCAUGUGGUGCGGUACCCGGAGGUGCCGUGGCAGCCGGCGUCUACGACGGAGAGGUCACGUGGGUAGCUAGGACCACACACAGAUGUAACGUAGUGCCUGCUGCUCUACUGCCUUCGAAACAUUGUUGCAUUGUGUACAGUGACGGCGGAAUACACCAGUAUACAAAAUAUCAGGUGAUGUGUAAUGCGGAGGUGUCGUGGCUGGCGUGUCGCGCUGGCGCGGGCGGCGUUUGCGGCGCGGGGCAGGUGCGGGCGGUGCGCGCGGCGCCCGGAGUGCACGUGGGCCGCGUGCUGUACCGCGGCUCGCACCUCGUGGGCGCCGUACAUGCACCCUGCUACCGCUGUCACGUCGUUAUAUUUGAUCGACCUUUCGCCUUUGACUGCUACGAGCUACUCGUCCUCGUAUGAUGUGCACUCGUCGUCUUAGUGAAGUUUUAGCAGAUCUUUGCAAUUAA